AAGUUAACACCCCUGACAAAGUUGCGCUUUCUGAGAAACUUAGGUUUGGUUUGUGAAACUUAAGAGUUGCUUUGCGAGCAUACUUGUUUGUUGUGAAAACCUGAAAUUUGGCAGCUUACGAGGAAUGUAUGCGUUAUUUGUGUUUGAUGUUACCUAGACAACGGUGGUUACUUGAGGCAAUGUUUUGAAAAUCAGAUGCUGCUGCAGUGCAAAAUACAACUUGAAGUACGAUCUACGCCGUAGACUACGAGCCGAACUAAGCUCGUCGCACGUGAGGUUGCCAUGGCAACAGGUCACGCGCAGCACGUGUGGGGAGUGAAGGCCGUGACAUGCGCGUGCAGCAGCCGUCCUCAGCGGCAUCCCAGCAGCCAGUGCGUGAAAGCCAGAAAUACUGAAAGGCGGGACCCAUGGAGGAAAACGUCACAAAGACGGUCGUUCUCCACUUCAACGUUAUCGUGCAGAACUGACGCCAGGUCUGCUGAAAACUGGUUUGAGAGAAUGCCAACUGAAAUACUCCGGAAGAUUCUGGCGUACUUGGAUGCCGCCUCCAUCUUCUGCAUCGGCCAUGUCAGCAAGAAAUUCAGUGAACUAGCAAAUGAUAAUGCUCUGUGGUACAGGAUGUACGCACGUGAAUUUCAAGGAAAAGGGUUCAGGUCUAAACGGAUGAAUACCGUGGUGGAAGGAAUGAAUUUUACAUCUAUUCAAGAGAAGCCGACAGGGUACUGGAAGAAGCUGUAUUUCAGAAAGCUGUCUGGAUAUGAUGAGAGUAAGUGGAAGAGACAGCUGAAGGACAUCAGCCCUUACACAGGAUUGCCUAUACUAACGGAACAAGUGCUCAGGAGUCUCCAUGUCAAGUGGGAGAUCACAAUAACGGAGAAAGGGGGGAAAGAGAGCUCUCUUCAGCAGUCCCGUGCCUACUUCUCUGGGUCGUCGGUCACCGUGUGCUGGAGCAGUGGCAGUCUGCCCAUACUGUACAGUGUUUCCUCACUGAAGUUGCAUGGAGUGAUGAGGGCACCACUGGGUUGCUCCGGUGUGAGCAAGCCUGGAUGGAGAUCCCUCAUGGCAGAGUUCAGUGGGGAGAGUAUCCAGAAGAGUGCGAGAUUCCUUGGCUCUGACAAUUUCAUAAAGCUAUUGUACUUGGACCCGGGAUGUGUCAUUGGAAUAUGGCAGGACCAGUGGUCGAUGGCCUUCAUCAUGGUGAACUUGCACUUCCAGCAAUUAGUGGAAAGAAGUCUCCUUGGGUCAUCCUUAUGCCCCUAUGCACUGCCAGAGAAGAAGGCAGUCUUUGAUGAUGUGGACCCAGAGUACGGUCUCCAUGGAUACACGUUGCACAUUUUACUGCACAACACAGUGGAGAACAUCAUGUCAGGCCGUUUCUCUCAGCUGAGGUGCAAGAAAGAUGAGAUCCAAAAAGGGUUCAUCAAGCUGACAGCCAUCAGCAGGGAGAAACUGUCCCAGCACUCUCCUCUCUCUGGCAAGUUCCACCUGCCGUGGCGCUCUGAGUUUUUGAACGGGAGCGUUGAGAACACAUUCAUGAUGAGUCUGACCCUUCUGGAUGAUGCUCAGACUCCGUUCUGGUGCGUGAGCUCACCUGUGUCCAUGACCGUGUGCAGACCAGAAUGGGUGUCGUACGACUACGAUGGGGAUCACUACUACACCCGGUACCAGGACGCAGAGGGAAAGGUCAAAAUGAACUUUGUGUGGUUGAAGGAGCACAAUCAGUUCUUUAUAAUUAACCUUGCAGUUUACCUUACAACAGCUAAAGUCAAUAAUCACUUCAGAAGAUCAUACUGAAAGCCAGGCUCUUGGAUUCUGGGAUGCAGAUGUUUUAUUUUAGCAUUGUUAUAGCACAUGUUGCUGUAAAUAUAUGUACCUAUGGGGUUUCAUAUAUUUUUUUUUAAACUUAAUUGGAAA